UUUAUUUACUUUAAGGGGGAAAUACUACCCAGGCAGGGGCGGACUGACCAUUUGGAGACUCGGGCACUGCCCGAGGGCCCGGGGUCAGUAGGGGGCCCCAUGAGAUGCCCUUGGUACCUUUUUCAUAGGCUUUUUUGAGUUUGGGCAAGGACACAGGGGCCCCAUGAUCCCCUAUUGCCCGGGGGCCCCAUGAGUUAUCACUCCGCCCCUAUACCCAGCUCCUGUUUGAUUUAUGCCACCACACACAACAGAGCAACCU